AUGCAGCCCGUCCACACCCGGUGGUGGGCCGGCGCAGGCGCGGGCGCGGCGCUGGUGCUGCUAGCCUUGAUCAGCAGCACUAGCAGCACCAUAUGGGGACUCGGCGGCAACGCCGCAGACGUCGCCACUCGCAAGCUCGCCCCCGGGCCGCAAGGCGGCGCGGCGCCGGCACUGCGGCCGCCGGUCGCUCCAAAGCGCCCGCACCUCAUCAAGGCCAACAACGACACCCGCGUUGACAAUUACUACUGGCUCAGGGAUGACGCCCGCAAGAGCCGCGAGGUCAUCUCAUACCUUGAGGCCGAGAACAACUACACCGACGCCGUCAUGGCGGGCACCAAGGGCUUGCAGGACCGUCUGUACCGGGAAUUGCGCGGCCGCAUCAAAGAGGACGAUACAGGCGUUCCCGAAAGGGAUCUUGGGUACUGGUACUUCGCAAAAGUGGGGACAGGCCAGCAGUACAGCGUCCACAUGCGCGUGAAGGUCCCGGCCGGCGCGGCGCGCCCCAACGAGACGGACGCGCCGCCGCCGAACGCCGUGGAAGAGGUGUUGCUGGACGAGAACAGGCGGCGGCAGGAGCUGAACUCCACCUUUUACAUGGUCAGCACGAUCGAUGUGUCCCCUGACGGCAAAUUGAUGGCCUGGACUGAGGAUACCGCGGGCGCGGAAAAGUACACCCUGCGUGUCAAGGAUUUGAAGACAGGCCGUGAGGUCAUCGACCCAAUCCCUGAAACAGACGGCAGCAUUGCCUGGGCUGACAACAGCACCACUGUGCUGUACUUGCUGACUGAUGAAGCGAAUCGCCCCAGCAAGGUCAUGAGACACAAGAUCGGCGCCCCCAGCAGCAAGGACGUCCUCAUUUAUGAGGAGCGAGACGACGCCUUCAACGCCGGCAUCUCGCGCAGCUUCAGCCAGCGGCUGCUUUUCAUAUCGCUGAGCUCCAAACUCACAAGCGAGAUCCAGUACCUCCGAACCGACGACCCAACCGGGAAGUUCACAGCCGUCAUGCCUCGCGUACAUGACCUUGACUACGUGGUGCGCCAUCACCCAGGGCCCACGCCCGGAGAGGACUGGUUCUUGUUGCUGGUGCGCGACAAGGCCCGCCCAAAUUACGAGCUGCUGGUUGCACCCAUGAGUGACCCCAGGAAGCAGACGGUGAUCCUGCCCCACCGGCGGGACGUCCAGAUUGAUUCGGUCUCGAUGUCCCAAAAGCACAUCUUGGUGACAGAGCGCGCCAACGCCAGCACGCGGCUAGUGCUAUACAGCAUCGACGCCGGCGGGAAGAUGCCCACCACACGGCUCAAAGACGGCCAGCCCAUCGAGUUCGAAGAAGAGGUCUACACCCUCUCGGGAUCCUUCACUGCGGAUUUCGACACGGAUGUGCUGCGGCUGUACUACGAGAGCAUGACUACGCCCCCGCGCGCCAUAGAUCUCGACAUCCCCUCCGGCCGCAGGGCGGUCCGCAAGGUCACUCCCGUUCUCGGCGGCUUCAGCAAGGACGACUACAAGACUGAGCGGCUGUGGGCCGUCGCGCCCGACGGCGCCCGCGUUCCCAUAAGCCUGGUGUACCGCAGGGCCUCCUUCAAAAGGGACGGCGCCGCGCCCCUGCUGCUGAAAGGGUAUGGUGCGUAUGGCGACUCGGUGGACCCGUCGUUCAGCUCAGAACGCCUGAGCCUGCUAGACCGCGGCUGGGUCGUGGCCAUAGCGCACGUCCGUGGUGGUGGCGACAUGGGUCGCUAUUGGUACGAAGACGGAAAGUACCUGAAAAAGAAAAACACAUUUACAGACUUCAUCGCAUGCGCUGAGCAUCUCUUGAAGCACAAGUACACCAGCAGCAAGGUUCUGGCCGUCGAGGGCCGCUCCGCCGGCGGCCUGCUGAUCGGGGCGGUGCUCAACAUGCGCCCCGACUUGUUCCAAGCCGCGAUUGCUGGAGUGCCUUUCGUGGACGUUGUCACCACAAUGCUGGACGACUCCAUCCCGCUCACCACCGUGGAGUUUGAGGAGUGGGGGAAUCCCAAAAAUGCAAGCUAUUACAGCUACAUCAAGAGCUACGCCCCAGUGGAUAACGUACGGGCGCAGAGGUACCCCAACCUGUUCGUGACCGCCGGUCUGCAGGACCAGCGCGUCGGCUACUGGGAGCCCGCCAAGUGGGUGGCCAAGCUGCGCGCCACUAAAACGGACAGCAACCUCCUCCUGCUGAAGACGGAGAUGGGCGCCGGCCACUUCAGCGUCACGGGGCGCUUCGACGGGCUGAAUGACACGGUCUUAGAGUACGCCUUCCUGCUCAAGGCGACCGGGCGGGAAGGUGUGGCGCCGCUGCCGGGCACCGGCGGCGCCAAAGCGGCGCCGGCGGAGGCCUUGCCGGUCUCUGCUCUGCCUCAGCAGCUGCGGCGCCCGCGGCGGCAUGUUUGA